UUAACUAAACUGCCGAUUGAGGGUCCAUUUGCUUACUAAGCACUAUAUUUGACGACUUCUGUGGUAGAAUCCAUUAUUUACACAUAAUAUUUUUUUCAUUUGGCAAAACAGAUCUUGAGGAAUAUUAAACAAACGUUAGAAUUAUCCAGUUUUUGCAGUGUGUCCUCGGGAGGAGAUAAAAUGACUUCAAACGCCACAAGUCUUGGAUAUGAAGUAGAGGAUGUAGGAUUUUACAUUUACUAUUUUGGAAUAAUGGGACUUCUAACCUGUGUGAAUAUUCCGGGAAAUAUCCUUGUGAUGACGACAAUAUUACGUCAUCGGGAUUUACAUAUCAACAGUAACUACCUAUUGGUGAAUCAGGCGGCCGCCGACCUUUUAUAUGGAGUCCUUUAUCCCGUCUAUAACUUCGCACAGAUGACCAUAGUCCCUUCAGUUGUAGAAGCCUUUGCUGACUACACGGUGUGCACGUUUUUUAUAUCUCAAGUCCUGACGGUUGUCUUCUGCUCGCCCAUCAACUUGAUGGUGGUCACACUGGAUCGCUUCAUCGCCAUUGUGUAUCCAUUUCGUUACGAGCAGCGUGUGACCGCGAAAUCUACACUUAUCGCCAUAGCCUCGGUUUGGAUUUUCAGCGAAUUGUACUCCAUUAGUGUUCACGUGAUCUAUCCACCAAGAUCCGACUUCAAGAUUUGUCGAUACGAGGAUAUGUUCAACGUUCUCCAGACUCUGCUAAUGAAUAUAGCGACGGGACUGACUCCCCUGGGGGUGAUGAUAUUUCUCUAUAUUCGAAUCGUAAAGGUAGUCCGGACACAGUCUAGAAGUAUUGCAGUACAGCUAAUUGCCGUGGAAGCUACUUCCAAUGACAACGCUAAUUCCCGAAAAGUACCGAAGAAAAUCAAAGAAAACAAGUCCACAGCGCUGAUCAGUCUCCUGCUGUUGUUUUAUUUCUGUGCCUGGUGUCCAGUUCUUAUAUACUUUCUAUACGUUAUGCUGACAAAGACUAAACCCAGCCCUUACUUUGGCGCCACCUGUCGGAUUUUUGUGUUCACCAAUUCCUGUGUGAACGUUUUCGUGUAUUCAUUGCGGCUUCAAAAUUUCCGGAAGUAUCUGAUGAAAGAUAUACGUCUGUGCUGCCAAAAAUUCUGCGACUAUUUACCCGAAAAGAAAAGAAGAAGCUAUCGGAUUAAUCGCUUAGACAGAGGGGACAUAAGUACUGAUAGAAGUUCCUCGAAACUAUCUGGUCGAGCGGACAUAAGUAUAAUCAACAUACAAUGAGAGAGAGAGAGAGAGAGAGAGAGAGAGAGAGAGAGAGAGAGAGAGAGAGAGAGAGAUUUGAGAUUUUGAUAGUAUAUGAUAUCAUCAUUCUUUGUUGCUUUUAACAAAGUUACAUCUAUUGUUUAUCUAUCAUUUGUAUGAAAUAUAUAUUAAAGCUUAAAAAAUCCUGCCUAGUAAGUACUAUCUGAUCUAAAUUAGACUUAAAUCUAUGGAAGUCAUUAAACUCGGCUUGUUUAAUGUGUUAUACUGAGUUGUCGCCCGUGAAUGUGAGGAAAUAUGCUUAAAUUCAAUGAACUUACAUAAAUUUAAAUAUAGUUAUUUAUUAAUAUUUACAUGCUACUGUGUUUUUCCAUUAAAUUCUGUGAUCUUCAAAUGCCUCUAAAUGCAACAAGUAGUCAAAGGUCAAAUUGACAAGUUUUAUUAUGACGUCACAAACGUUGAAUGCUGUAAACUGUAACGUCACAAGCGAAAAUCAAAGUUCACGCUUGUGGCUGUUACUGUGGCUCUUCCAUUAAUAUUAACUUACCCUUAGGAUAAGAUAGGAAUUUUAAGGUAUGAAUCACAUUUGCAGACAAGGCAAGAAGUAAAAAAAUGUAAAUAUAAGCAUUAAAUCAUGAUUUUUUGAAGUAUACACUCUCAUAACUGCAGCGGUGUGUGCAUACAAAUUUUCAU